CCGACAGUUUAAAUGGAAAACGCGGAAAACUUCAGUGGAAAAUUUGUAUCUUUGUGAAAUUGUGCGAUACCGAAUGCUGGUUAUGGACUAUUGUGACUCUACACGUUUUAGAACUCAAAAAAAAUCGUUGACUAAAAAUACACUGUUAAUAUUAUCAAAACCAACAAUAACAAAGUUUUAUACUUUACUAUGAAUGAAGUUAUGUAGUUAUAAUGUAAUGAUAAUGUAUUUCAUAGGUCAGUGCCACCUAUCUAUACCUGAUUAUUGUCACACCUACCCUCACCUACCCUACAGUGGUUAUCCUAUAUGUUAUUAGUCUGUGGGGUCUGUGGUGAUUAUCAAAACCUCUUUUUAGAAAUUAUGCGUAAUUUUAUUGCUUAUCUUUAGUUGUUUUAAGAAGUGCUGUGCAUUUCGACAAGUUUCGUUAAUUGCCAAAUUUUUGCCAAAUAAAUACCUUUGAUAAAUACAAUCAUCAUAUUCCGGAGAGUCCGAGUCUACAUACUUAUUUGGUCUUUUUAUUACAAGUUUUAUUAUUGAAAAUGCCGCCGAAGCCAAAAGAGUCAGCCACCACCAAAAAGCCUACAGCGCAAGUAGUAAGGCCAAGUAUCAGCAAUUCUAGCCUAAAUUAUAUUCCAGACGACGCUUUAGAAGGUUUUCAAGAGCGCAUAGAAACCGGUAUUAACUGGACGUUAAUAGAAGAAGCUGCUCGAUACCAUAGGGAGAAGAGUAUGAAGGAAAAUAUUCCGGUAUUGACCUUUUCCGAAGCACUACAAAAGAAGAUUCAAAAGAGCAUAUUACACGGAUUUCUAGAUGAAGAAUCCACAUUGACUUUACAAGAACAAUGGGAAACACUUCUUCCAAUGUCAAUUUGGGAUAAUGAGAAAUGUUCAACUGACGAAGGAAAAAUUUGCUUCAAUAAUAUUAACUCUUUAACUGACGAUGUGAUUGGAUUAAUAAAGCGAGCGGUGCAGCAUGAUGAUCGGGAAGUACUUAAAAGGGAUUUAAAAAUGGUGACCGUGUUGAGGGUGAACGACUCUGAGAUGACAGAACUUGAUGAUGGGUUGAAGGAUUACCAAAAUCUGGCAACUGUGAAUCUUUGUGGUAACUUUAUUUCGGACGUAGACGCAAGUGUCCUUCCAGAAGGAUUAAGAAUGCUGGAAUUGAAGGCUAAUCGCAUUAACUACGUAUCAUUUGCCGAACAUUUGCCUCAUAAUUUGAUUUAUUUGGGGCUUAGUCGGAAUUUUCUGAUUAAUGAUAGUGUCGCAGAGCUUGCUAGGUUACCAUUUAAUAUUUCUGUUCUGGAUCUAUCGGACAACGACAUCUGUGAUCUGGAGCUGGUACUAGCAGCUUUAUCUGCGCUGCCGAGUCUGGUUGCGCUACAACUCGCGGGAAAUCCAUGCUCAGUUUCUACAGCAUACGCGCGUACCACCUUGAUGCGUCUGCCUGGUCUCCAGUGGUUGGACUGUCGAGAAGUUCUCUCCGCGGACAAACAGAAGACUUCCUUUGAGCCUAAUCCAGAUGACUUGCGCUCGGCGUAUUUCAAUUUUACUGUCAUCCGAAUUAUGGGUGCUCUGCAACCGCCUAAGGCUGAAAAGGGAGCUGUAACGGCAUUUCACGUCGAAUUAGAACUGCCUCUAUUAGAUUCGACAAGAAGAAAGUUCCUCAUGUACCGUCACAAUGAAUCACUUGUAGAACUGCUGCCGCCGCCCGAAGACGAUGGGUGGCCAUCGCCAAAUUCCUUCAUCAUCCCUAGCAACAGAGCUCUUGUAGAUGCCGAAGCGUCAUCUCAUGAUUCUGACAUAUACAGUCACUUGCAGCCGAAGAACUCCCGUGAAAUUAUUAACUUCAAGAUAUUUGAGAGCAAUCGAGUCCAGUGGAACAAAGUGAUGAAUUUCCAAGAGCCAACCGUUAGAAUAUUCUGUCCGAACCUCACCGCUUUGAGGGACACCUUUCGCUCCGUUAUUACUCUUAGAUUUAUAUUUACUAUGACUAUAACUGGAAAACAAAGCAAGCCCGUCAAAAGCAGCCAGUCUCUGAAACCACCGGGAGAGCAACGUUUGACUCUAGCCACGAUCAAAUGUGGCCUCAGACAACCGGACUGGAGUCAACCAGCACAGCACUUUCAUUGGGACGACUCGCUGGGCACUGAUGAAGCUAUUCACUGGGGAGAUGGCGAUCUGUCUGUUUUGCAAUACACACAGCAAGCAGUGAAGACGAUCAAAGGGAAAUCCGACAUCGAUCCAGGAUCCACAAGGCAAUCAAUACCCGAAAACUUAACUUGCCACUUUGGAUUUGGAAUAGAAACUUUGAAAUAGUAAAUCGUAUUGUUGAAUUCUGU